AUGUCGUCCAUGACCAAGCUUCCGAAGAAGCCCUUCCAGAUCAAGCCCAAGGCUUCUCGGAUCAACCCCAUCAAGGCCAUCCAGGACCGAGAAUGGAACCGCAAGCGCCAGGCAGAGGCCCAAGCCCGCGCUGCCGCGGCCGCCACGCCGCCGCCCACUGCCGGCGGUAACUCGGGCUGUCCUAAUCCCAACUGUAAAAAUCCAAAUGUCAUCGACGGUGUUUGUCGUACUUGCGGUCGUGUCACAGAUGACAGCAACAUUGUUUCCGAGGUCACCUUCGGCGAGAACUCCCAGGGAGGAGCUGUCGUCCAGGGUAGCUUUUUGGGAGCCGACCAGGGUACUGUGCGUGGCAUGGCUGGUAUUGGAUCUCGCCGCGUCGCUGGCCACGGCUCUGGAGAGUCGCGAGAGCGAACUCUCCGCGAGGCCCGGCAGAUGAUGUCGGGCUUUGCUCACCAACUCAACAUUCCCGAACAUGUCGUCAGCAACGGCCACCAGAUCUACAAGCUCGCCAGCGGCAAAAACUUUGUGCAGGGACGCAGGAUUCCCAAUGUCGUCGCCGUCUCCCUCUACGCUGCUUGUAGAAAGGAGAGCCCCUGCAAGAUCAUGCUGAUUGACCUGGCGGAUAUCGUCAAGGAGGAGGUCUUCUACCUGGGUCGCACCUACAAGAAGCUGCUCUCGGUCAUCGAGGCCAAGAUGGACCAGCACCCCAUCUACGUGGAGGACCUGAUCUUCCGCUUCGCGUCCAAGCUCGAGUUUGACACACUUACCAACAAAGUAGCCGAGACUGCUGUCCGGCUGGUGCAGCGAAUGGACCGUGACUGGAUGGUUAUGGGCCGCCGUCCUGCAGGCAUUUGCGGUGCCUGCCUGAUCAUGGCGGCACGUAUGUACAACUUUAGGCGUACUCCAAGAGAGGUCGUCUACAUUGCCAAGAUCACCAUGGCCACGCUGCAGCAGCGCCUCGACGAGUUCAGAGAGCUCCCGUCGGCGCGGAUGACGGUCGAGGACUUCCUGAGCCAGGACUUUCUCUCUGAGGAAUAUGAUCCACCUUCUAUCUACAAGAAGAGCGAGGAAUACCAGGCCCGGCUCAAGGAGAAGCGUCGAGCUAUGAAGCGGAAGCGCCAAGCCGAGGAGGCAGCUGAGGCUUCCAGCCAGUCUGCUCCCACUCCGGCUCCCCCACUACGAACAGACGCGGAUGGAUUCGCCAUCCCCCCACCACCGCAAGCAACCGCCCAAGCCCAACAAGCUAACAUCAUUGAGCGGGCGGGCACUACCACUGACGAGGACCUGGAGGCACUCGCUGCAGAGUAUGGCGAUAAGAACGCCACAACAGGAGUGGACGGUAACGACGAUGACGAUGCGCCUGAUACACCGAGCGCCAGUCCUGACUCACCAGCAUCAUCCACCAGCGAACGCCCCGCCAAGCGGCGCAAAGGCCCCCAAGGCUCGUCCUGCCGCACCCAGCCGGCCAGCAAAACCCCAAGUGUCAAGCCCGUCUACAUGGACGAGGCCUGGGAGGAGGACGAGGACAUCCUCGAGAUGGAGAUCACCGAGGCCAUCAACGACCAGAACACGGAGGAGCACGCCAAGGCGUUCGCCAGCGCCAAGGAGCAGGUGCAGCGCAUCAUGCAGAACAUCCACCCGCCCGACGCCGCGGACGCCUCGGCGGCCUCGGCGCUCGACAACGCGGUGGUGGGCGAGGACGAGUUCGCCGACGACCCGGAGGUGCAGAACUGCCUGCUCUCCAAGGAGGAGCAGGAGAUCAAGUCGCGCAUCUGGCUCAACGAGAACAAGGACUGGCUGCGCCACCAGCAGGAGAAGAUCUUCCGGCAGAAGCUGGCGGCCAACGGCCCGCCCAAGCAGCGGCGCAACCGCGUGCGCAAGCCGCGCAUCGGCGAGGGCCAGGCGUCGCCCGCCUCGACGGCGGGCGAGGCGGCCAUGGACGCCAUGGAGCGCCGCGGGUUCUCGAAGCGCAUCAACUACGACGCCAUCGCGUCGAUGCUGCACAGCUCGCGCCGGGCCGGGCCGGGCUCCGUCGCGGCGAGCGAGUACACCAGCCGCCAGUCCAGCCGGGCCGGCAGCGUUGCGGGCAGUGCCGCCGGCGACGAGCCUGCUGAUGACGAGAGCGAGGCGGGAUACGACGAGGAGGAGGAGGCUCCUGGUGAGGAUAGGGAUCCGUUUGCGGACUCUGACGGCGGAGGUGGCUCGGAUGAGGAGUGA